GGAAAUACGAAAGAGCCGCACUAUCAGGUACGUUUCGUGUUGUCUUUCUUGAAUUUUCGGUGUGGAAAGGAUCACUAGAUAUUCUGAAGUCGAAUUCCAAUGAAUUGCAACUUCUCUAUUGCGAAUUUGGUUUCAACUGAUUUCGAUUUCCCUCAAUCUAACACUCGUGCUAACUUUUUCUCUUUCAUUAUCUKAAAGCUACCAUCGUGUUAUUACAUGCAGCCGCCAGCUCUGAAAACCGGUCAUUUACAGCAGUUUCAACCUGAGACGCUCUUUUACAUCUUCUAUGCUAUGCCGAAAGACGUAUUGCAGGCAUACGCUGCUCAAGAGUUAUAUACGAGAGAAUGGAGAUAUCACGGCGAUCUGAAGCUUUGGUUCAAGAGGGCGGGCCCGGCGGAUGGCAUACCGGCACAGCCCUCAAAUGGACAACAGUAUCUCUACUUCGAUAUCAACUCAUGGGAAAAGCGGUUAUUCAAUGGGAGCAUGAACCAAAAUGUUACCGGCGGAUUCCUAACCGAUGAAGAUGUUCGGGUGAGAUUCGUUAGUACGUAGUUGUGGGUGAUCGAAAGUGAAAGUCUUGCAGAUGCAAUCCAUUGCAACGCRCCAAUYGUGACUUCUCUUUCUCGCUCAACGAUACGAUUUUCGCUAUUCUUGGGUUUUGAAGCGAGUCGCAGCGGUACAGUACUGUUUUGUAAAAAUAGAACCUUUCACUAUAAUAAUAAUAAUAAACAAAU